AUGCCAUUGUAAGUCUUCUGCCUCGUUGUCAUUUGACGAGAGUUGUCCCGGGAGUCCGGAUUUCCCAAGAGUCGAUUUUCAAGAUGAUGGGUUCCUAUUCCAAAGCACGUGACUUUUUCGAGUAUUUAUACAGAGUGCAGGUGAAGAUAAACAAUACCAACAAAAGCUAACACAUCAAAAAACACCAUGUCGCGUCCAGUAUACCUGGUCAUCUACCACUCCCCCAUAUUCGCAGCCCACUGGGCCUUAUGGGUCCCAAACAUAGAAAAAGAAGAAACAGAAAGAAAAACAGAAUGAAAAAGAGGGAAAAUCAUCAACGUCCAAGGCAGUCCCAGUGAAGGUUUCAUCCACGAAUUCGAAAGAAACCACGAUCUCUCAACCGAGACACGAAAUCAUUCUCUAAAACUGCUUUGCAAAGUCGACAAAGGAAUGAUCCUCGAGAAUGACGACGAGUACAGUAUUGAUGAUGUACCUCAGGAUCAACUGGAAGAGUUGGCGCGUGGAGUCAACGCGCCUGGACCAAGUCUUAGACCUGCUGGAUCAGUAUGAUAUGCACCGAAAAGUGGUCUCUCGUAAAUGUAGGGAUUGACUAAUAACGGAUUAUAGACGUCAAAGACGAGAAUCAAGAUAGAGAACUGUCAGACUUGGCUGACGCAGUUUGUGUCUUUGAUGGUUGAGAAGGGUGUCUUUCCAGAGGAAGCUUUAGUAGAGAUGGAAAGAGCUCCUAGAAAUUAG